AUGACGACCAACGGAGGAAUUCAAACCCAGAUUCCAAAAUUACUGGGACAGAAUUACUAUCACUGGCACAUACAAAUGAGAGUUUUACUAGAAUCACAAGAUUUAUGGACGAUAGUGGAAGAAGGAUAUGCAGAACUUCCGUCAAAUGCAUCAGAGAAUGAACAGAACAUUCAGAAAGAGAAGAUUAAAAGGGACAAGAAAGCGUUGCAUAUUAAGUUUCAGGCCGUUAAAGAAACAGUGUUUGAACGUGUGGCUACGUGUAAAACUUCUAAGGAAGCAUGGGAAGUCUUGCACAAAGCGUACAAAGGCGAGAACAGGGUGAAAACGGUAAGAUUGCAAACCCUAAGAUGUGAAUUCGAUGCAUUAAGAAUGAAAGAUAGUGAAACGAUAGAAGAUUACAUUAAUCAACAACAAAGUUUAACAAGAAAAUACGAAUCAGUGGUGGUAGCCAUAGAAGAAUCCAAGGAUUUAAAUGCAAUUUCCACAGAGGAGUUGCUUGGGAUUCUGCAAUCACAUGAAUUAAGAUUAAAACAGUAUGAUGAUGCACCAACGGAGCAGGCCUUUCAAGUGCAAAGCAAUUAUUAUGACAGAUCGAAACAAUCUAGAUCUGAAAAUACAGGCAGGGGAUGUGGUAAAGGAAAAGGAAGAUUUAAUGGAUCAAUUCGGUGUUUUAAUUGUCAGAAGUUAGGACACACAGCAAGAUUUUGCAAUAAAAGGGACGAAAAUGACAGAUCUGGCAAUGUUAUUCUGCAUAAAGAUGAAGCAGAAGACGAGAAUGAUGACACCAUGUUCAUGCUAUUCAACGUGGAAGAAGUCAUAAAGAACGAUUGUUGGUAUUUAGACAGCGGAUGCAGCAAUCAUAUGACGGGUGAUAAAAAUCUAUUCAUAACAUUAAAUGAAUCUGAACGACGAGAAGUGAGAACUGGAGAUGACAAAUGGCUCGAUGUACUCGGCUGUGGAGACGUAAGAAUUAAAGUUAAAGGGGUAGAAAGAUGA